CCCCCUCCCUCCGCCUGUCUCCCUCCCCUCAUGCAGCUUAGAGAGACAGACGCAUGAGAGAGAGAGCGAGGCAGGGAGGAGAGAGGAAAGAGACAGACAGCCCCUGGGAGAGUGCAGGGGUCACUGUGGGAAAUAGACAGUUCGAAAUUAGGGAAACAAUACAGAGACUGAUAUCUUUAGGGAUAUUUGAGGGGAAAGAAUUAAAGAGACAGCAGCAGAGAGAAAGAGAGAGUCAGACAGAAAAUAGAAAUAGCUGAGAGACAUAAAGGCAUAAUAAAUAGAGAGACAAGCAGUUUAUAGAGACUGCAGUGUGAAAGAGAGGUGCAAGUGACGGUCUGAAAGGCGCUGGCACUCUCAGGGAGGCUGAGUGACAUCCAAAGCUAAUCUGCACAUUUAGACUGCUUUCUGCUGUUAGUGAGAGACCUCAAUCAGGAAGUGACACUCUGUAAGACAGGUGUGGCCUGCCGAAUCAUCAUCUAUGGCUUCCAGUCCAGCCCCAUUGCCACUGCUGCCAUCGCUGAGCUGCGCUUUAUGUCGUGAUGUGCCACGGGAACCGGUGACACUGGCAUGUGGGCAUUGCCUGUGUCGUGGAUGCCUGGAGCGAGCGUGGAGGGGCCAAGAGAAUUACCCCGCCUGCCCCAAGUGCCGUCCCCCCCAAGUGCCGACACCAGAUGGGGUACAGAGGGGUGUGUGUACAGAACAUGGGGACAAGUUACAGCUCUUCUCUCCGCAGGAUGGCAGGAUGCUGUGUGCGCGGUGCCGAGGGGCAGGAGAGCAGCACCCAGUACAUAAUCUGGUCCCUAUACAGGAGGCUGUGGGAGGCUACAAGGAUGAGCUGAUCUCUGCCAUUGCCCCUCUGGAGUCCCGCCUGAAGGAGCUACAACAGAUGCAGUGCGCACAAGAACAGAUGAUCGCUCAGCACAGGGGCAACCUUCUGAGUACCAAGCACCAAGUGAGCAUGGAGUUUGAAAAACUGCACCAGUACCUGCGAGAGCGAGAGGAGCGACUACUGCGGGAACUUCAACAGGAAGGAGACCUUAUCCUUGCUGAAAUGGAAGAGAGUCUGAACAAGAUCAAACAGAACUGUCAGGGAAUCCUACAAACCAUCAGCACCACCCAGCCACGGCUCUACGAACAGGACCCCAUCUCCUUCCUGACUGAUAUAAAGUCUUGUAUGGAAAUCUGCUACAAUGGCUAUAGAGAUGGCUUUCCUUCGCAAAAUGUGGUUGCACCUAGAGAUUUUGGCUAUGGCGGUGUGAAGGAUUUGAUUCAAUAUACAGCCUGGAAAGAUAUGAAGUCUUAUAUCAGCCCAGCUUUGCCUAAUAUAAUUAUGGACCCCAGCACGGCUCAUCUUAACUUGAUCCUCUCUGAAGAUUUAACCUGUGUCCGAUACAGUGACACCAAGCAGUCUCUACCUGAGAACCCUCGCCGAUUUGACUACUGUUGCUGUGUCCUGGGUACCGAGGGGUUCACCUCUGGUCGGCACUACUGGGCUAUUGAAGUUGGGAGCAAGACCAAAUGGAAUCUUGGCUUGGCCAAGGAAUCGGUAAACAGGCGUGGGGGCAUCACCUUGUCUCCUGAGAAUGGUUUCUGGAUCCUCUGGCUGAGGAACGGACAUGAGUUCAAGGCAUUGGAUGUCCCUUACCGGUCUCUCACUUUGAGGAGCAAACCACAGAGGGUUGGGAUAUACUUAGAUUAUGAAGGGGGUGUGCUUUCCUUUUACAAUGCUGAUGAUAUGUCCCACAUCUAUACAUUUGUCACUUCCUUCACUGAAACGGUGUACCCCUAUUUCUGUCCAUGCCUCAACGAUUCUGGAAAGAAUGGGGGUGCCUUGAAAGUCCUCCAUCAUACUCCAUAAUGAAUAAAGGGGGGAGGAAAGAAGGUAAAUGGCUUCAUCCCACCUAAAAUCCUGCAUCACGGAUAUUAUAUGUCUUUCGAGAUGUUUUUUUUGAAGGCUAUUGGAGGCAGUAUUUCUAGUGUGUGAUGUUAUAUUUCCCACUAAAUAGUGAUAAUUUUUUUUUUUUUUAAGAUCAGAUAACCAAAUUUUUGCAAAAUGUAGGCCAAAAUCACAGCUGGUAAACUUCUGUAACUCACCCAAUUGUUACCGCUCAGCUUCUUAGGCCUAUAUUUUGGUUGUCAACUCACUGUUUAAUUAAAAAGCCCCAUGUAAGACGUGUAUCCCCUUAUCUGAAGACAAUAAGAGUUUGUUUUUGAUAACCUCUCCCAGCUCUCUUGUCCUCUUCCUGCUGAGGAUAUAUUUGGUCAUCGUGGCAGUGGUCCUUUCAUUUAACACCUAGACAGCAUGUAUCCUGAUGGGACGGGAGUCAUUCCAUUUAUCUGCUCAUUCAGAUCUCAAUAAACACAUAACUGGAUUAAACAAAAACUGUCUUGCUGGAGAAAAUCA